GAAAUAUAUAUGAGCUUCUCAGCCCACAGCACUACUAUUCAGUGAAAGUAUUCUGUAUUCUGCACAAGAAAACCCUUUUUCUCAGUGUUUUGAGUGCAAUCCUUAACUCAAUCUGGGAAAUUUUUGUUGGGUUUUUGUACUGAGUGAAAUUACUGUUUUCUUUUCUUUGAUUUACCACUGAUCUUUCUGGUACUGGGGAGAAAAAUCAGAUAAAAGAUAAAUCUUUACAUUUUCUCAAGAAAGUGAGGUUGAAAUGGAUGUGGAUUUCUGGGCUGCAAGAGUUCAUAGGCAAAUCCCUUCUGUUCAAUCUGCUAGGGUUAGCAAUUUUGGUAAUCAUGUCCUCAUGGAUGAUGAAGGGGGCGAUGAAGUGAGAGCUUGGUUUCCUUGCCCUUUCUGUUAUGUGGAAAUUGAGGUUCCGCUGCUUUGUGUCCAUCUGCAAGAAGAGCAUUGCUUUGACUUGAAAAAUGCGGUUUGUCCCAUAUGUGCAGCAAACUUAGGGAAAGAUCCACUUGCUCAUUUCACGGUGCAGCAUGCACAUUCAAUUAAGCGGAGGAAAAAGUCUCAAAAGUCUGGCUUCUGGAGUAAUAUGUCCACAAAUAUCGUCAAGGACUUGCGGGAACUAAGUUCAUUUCUUGGUGCUAAUUCACUCAGUGGGGCGCCCAGUGGGAAUGAACCUGCUCCUGAUCCACUCCUUUCACCGUUUCUCUGCACCGUGCCUCUGACAGUCUCUAAAGACCUCCACAAAGAUAUAUCCGCAUGCAUUGCUGCAACAAGCGAUGCAGAAAGCAAACCGUCGCCUCCAGAUGAAGUUGACAGCAAAGACUAUGAGGAAAGGAGACAGCAAGCUGCAUUCAUCCAGGAGCUUCUGUUGUCGACUAUAUUUUAGAACUUCUGGAGCUCCUCAGUGGAAAAGCGAUCAAAGGAAUGUGUCGAUGCUUAAGGGAAGCCACCAGGUUUUACUAUGGUGAUUGGUUUCAGAGUAUCACAUUGUUGGAAGCUCAUUACUAAAGAUGGCGACAAAAGAAUGUUCGAAGAUAUCAAAAUUGGCAAUACAAUGUCAGCAUGAUAUCUUAUGAGCCUAUGUAAUUGUACUAUCUACUGUGAACAUGAUAUAAUAUAAUAUAUGCUAUAUAUUCCGUUGGCUGUUUUUCUUUUUCA